CACGACACUUCGCUGAGGCUACUCAUUGGAAUAUGGGACACAUUGGUUUUGUAAUUAUUUUUCUCGUCGGCGUCGCAUGUAACUUAGGACAUGGGUCACAUAAAGCUAGAUUUAAACUGACAGAAAAUGCCUUGGCUUUUUCACGGAGUAGCCUACAUGAACAAAAUGAGGCAAGGAGCAUGAAACUAUUUGAAGGGGGCGAUGGAGAAGUGUACUUUGGAGGUGGACAACAUUUAUCCCGUCUCAGUUUCCAGGCGAACCAUAACCAGUCCCUAGCUAUGGAGCCUGUGAAGUUGUGCAUACAGGAGCUGGGUUCACAAAAGAAGUGUGGUAACAUCACUGUGAUGCAACCUGGGAGAAAUGGAUACCCUCUGUAUGUGUGUACGGCUGAUGGGGACCACACAAGCUGCUGUUUCAGGGCAGCGAAUGGCUCAUCAUCAGACUGUAUACGUGAUUAUAUCAGAGGAGGAGAGCCGGCGCUGCUCACUGGAGAUGCCCUCUACACUACACAUUCGGGCUUGGGUUACAGAGAUGGAGUAUACAGGACCUGCAAGAACAAACCUCUCAUGCCCUCGAUUCAAGCAGAUCAAAGGUAUGUGAAGAUUGUACAAGGAAGAAAUGAGGAGAAUCCAUUGCAAGACAAGCUGUAUGCAUUCUACACAGAGAGGAGUAAUGACCAGAGCCCAGAUUCUGACCUGUUCACCCCACGUGUCUCUCAGAUCUGUAAGGCUGAUCUCGGAGGUUCCAAGGACACCCUGCAGUUCCAGUGGACGUCCCAGCUGAGCAGCCGGCUGUCCUGUGGGGACCCCAGCAGGAAGCUGUUCUACACCGAGCUGCUGGACGUGGCCGUGCUGCCGUCCGAGGACGGAGGAGACGACCGCGUCUACGGGCUCUUCAAAAACGGCUGGGAAAUCAGGGCUGUGUGUGUUUACACCAUGAGAGACAUCAGCCAGGUCUUCUCUACCUCUGCCCUCUCAAUACCUGCCGACUCUCUGAAAGAACAGCCCGGUCAGUGUGUCCAGGACAGUAGGAAGCUGUCUCCAGAUUUGCUCAAGUACAUGAAGAACAGUCCAGAGAUGGUGGAUUGGGUGAGGCCCAUAGGAGACAGCACACCCCUGUUGGUCAGUCACCGCCACUACAGCCACAUCCAGGUGGACCGUGUUGGAGGGACAGGGGGACAGAAGGUUCACAACGUCCUACUGCUGUCCAUGGAGAGUGGUGCAGUUCACAAAGUCCUAGAGAACACCUCUAAACCUUUCAUCAUUGCGGAGUAUCAUCCAUUCAAACAUGGAAUGCCCAUCCAGAGCAUGCUGCUACACAGUUCUGAGGGUGUUUUGCAGAAGAAACUCUACGUGAGCUCCAGUGGUGAGGUGGUUCAGAUUGACCUGAGGAACUGCAGAAUGUACGGGAACCAGUGUGCGGACUGUGUCUUAGCAAGAGACCCCUACUGUGGCUGGGACAGCAGCCUUAAGAAAUGUGCACCUCAUUCAAAAGACACUAUUCAGGACAUUGAAGAUGGAAAUGUCCAUAAAUGCGCAGAGAGUGGACGAAAUAAGACUGCUGAGACUGUUGCCAUCGCCGAGUCCUCCAGACACUACCUGGCCUGCCCCAUUCACUCCCACCAUGCCAAGUACCGCUGGCUGAAGGAUAGGGUGGAGAGAAGGCAGUCGCUCGAGGACGACAAGCUGGACCAGUUAGUGCUGCUGAUAGAUGGUAUGGAGUCUGCAGACGAGGGCCGGUACGAGUGUGAGGCCCAGGAGGGAGAGUACAUGAAGACAGUGGUCGCCUACCAGCUGAAGAUGACCAGUGGGGCAGCAGGACUGAAGAGCUCUCCUCUGGCUGUGGUCUUGCUGGCGGUUUUAUUUUAUUCUCUGUGGUAGCAGCACACCAGGGAAGCUUUGACGGACAGACGGCAGGUUUUACUGCUGCAGUGCAAGCCAAAGAUCUAUGUUUCAUUUAUGAGAUUUACCUGAGCAAAGGUAUAGACCUCUGAAGUUCGCCAACAAAAAGGAUCCAAAGCUGCCAUCUUUGCCCAUAUAAGGAAAUCCGGGUGUUAAUUGAAGCUAACUGCCUAUGGAAAGUUGCAUUGUAAGUUAGCUCUGGGGUAGCAAAGAUCAAAGUGUGCCGUCUUCACCUACCGAAGAUCACAGUAUCCACUCGAAGGCAGAGGACAAAACUUUGUUGUGCAAAACGUCUGCAUUUCCAAUUUCUUUGCCCCCGCGAGAGUUUAACAGGUGCGAUAAUUGAAAAUCCCCAUGUUAUUUUCCCAUAGGCAAAGAUGGAAGCUUUUUUGUAGGCGAACUUCAGAGGUCUAUCCAUGGGUUUCAUCAGGUCCCACAGGUGUAUAAAAUCAAGUACCUUGAUUAUCUAUGCAGACUGUAUGGUGCUUGAUUAAUACACCUGUGGAAAGGGACCUGAUGAAACCCAUUAAUUCUUUAGGGUGAUGAUACAUGGGGCAAAUUGUUUAGCAACAUUUCUGGACAACCGCAUAACCAGCUCCAUGUUUUCUGAUACUGAUUAGGUGAUCAUGAAUAUUUGCCUACUGAUGAGUCGAGUUCUCCAGAAAAGUGAAGCCUAGUAUCAAUGGCAACUUGCCAGAGCACUACUCAGGAACAUUGGCCUGCAACAUUGCUCAUGAAGUUGCCUUGCGUUUCAUCAGAUGUAAUAAUGAGGCAGGUCCUCAUAUGAAGGAUUCUGCUGUACAGCAACACAUUCUGGUUCUUUUUCUUUAAAAUAAUGGCUUGAAACUCAUUUUGAUGAUACACAGACUUAUAAUAAUAGGCAGAACUGUGUCUGGACACAGUGCGUCAUGGACACCUGAUAUUGAUCUAACUUCGUGGCGGCGGACAGACCUUGAUGACCAUUUUCAACUGCACAUACCUGUACAUACUGUACAUAUCUGUCUGUAUUGUUCAUAUACUGCAUAUCCAUAUUUAUUUUUCCUUUAAUAAUGUUACUGUGAAUAUGCUGCAGAUAUCUUUACUCUAAACCAUGCCACUACCUUAACUGUAUACUUCUGUCACACCACACUGUACAGUAUGUCCUUUACUGUUUACCAAAGAUUCUAGAACAGAGCAAGAUGGAUCAGUUGCGUCAAAAGAAUGAAGUACAGGACAGGGCGCCAUUUUGGUAAGCUCAGCAACAUUUCAGACACAGUUCCAAUCAUAUAAACCCACCUCAACAGCGGUUUUUGCCGUUGCCAGCUGUUUUUGUUUUGUUUUGUUACUCGGUAAUGAUCUGGCCGUGUGAAAGGCACGAUUUAUUACUUUUCGGCUUACCAAAAUGGCGCCCAUGGAGCGUUAGAAUGUACUUCAAAAAAUCCAACGUAUUCUCCGGCCAGUGAUCCAUCUUGCUCUGUUCUAGAAUCUUUGCUGUUUACACUCCACUACCUGUCUCCACUGUUCACAUUUGUCUGCAAUGUAAUCGAAUCUACCUUAAUUUCCCAACUAUUAGCCAUGGCUUAUCCUUUGAUUUUGCUAAAUUUCUUCAGCUAUGAGGUUAAUACAUGGGACCCUUAAUAUGGUAUUAAUAUGACUUUGUUUCUUGAUCUGUUGCAUAAAACAGUCCCCUUAUACACAGUGUCACUAAUACAGUGAUCCCUCGCUAUAUCACGGUUAUCUUUUCGCGGCCUCGCUGUUUCACAGAUUUUUUUCUAGUGUUUUUUUUUUUUUUUUUUGCAGCGCAUUGAGUUCUGCGCCCUGAUUGGCUAAUUGACUGUAGAAUUGAUCUCAAUUGUCAAUGACCUGAUGAAACCCAUGAAUAUCUUAUACAGAUAGGUCCUAUGCCUUAUGCAGGGGUGGCGAACCACACGCGGAAGCCACAUGUAGGGCUCACAGCUGCUAAAAUAUGUUUUCACUUCUCCUUAAACUUAAAGAGUGUUUAUUUUUUAUUAUUAUUAUUAAAUAUAUAUAUAUAUAUUUCUGAUAAAUCACAAUGGAUUUCAU